CUGCCGCCUCUCCUCAGGACGCCAGGUGGCUCGCCGGUGACGUCACACACAGAUAAGUCCCUGCUGUCGACCUUUGACCCCUGAGUCAUCGUGACGGAGAUCCGGCUCCAAAGGCGAACCUGGUCUGAGAGGGUUGGCCCCGCCUCCCCGCGGUCGUCAGGGAGACGCUUCGGUCGACGCAGCCAUGAACCUGGUGGGCCAGCUGGCGGAGUCGGUUCUGGUGACGGUGAAGGAGUUGUACCGCGGGCUGAACCCGGCCACGCUGAGCGGCGGCAUCGACGUGGUGGUGGUGCGGCAGCCGGACGGGACGCUGCAGUGCUCGCCGUUCCACGUGCGCUUCGGGAAGCUCGGCGUGCUGCGCUCCCGCGAGAAGAUCGUGGACAUUGAGAUCAACGGCGAGGCGGUGGCGCUCCACAUGAAGCUGGGCGAUAACGGCGAGGCGUUCUUCGUGGAGGAGAACGAGAGCAAGGAGACCGAGGUCCCGUCCCACCUGUGCACCUCCCCGAUCCCCACGGAGACCCCCGAGGAGCCGGAGGAGACCCCCGAGGGCUCCGCCUCCUCCUCCUCCGCCGCCGCCGGGUCGGGCGCCGCCCGCAAGAGGAAACGCCGCCGCAAGCGCAUGCGCUCCGACAGCCACCUGAGAGACGAGGCCGGGUCCUCGUCCGACGGCGGCCGGGAGAGCCCGGCCAAGGAGGCCGCCAUGCUCACGAGCAAGUCGGUUUACUACUCGCUGAGCGAGGAGCCGCCGGCGACCAGAGACGCCCACUCAGACGGAGAGCAGGCGCCGGAGAGCAGUGCGUUCCUCAGUCGGCCGUCCAGCGACUCGGAGCUCCUGGUGAAACCACAAGAGUCCAGAGGACCCCAGAUGCAGUGGAACUGGGGAGGCUUUCCCACGCUGUGUCAGUCUGAGCGGCAGCACUUCUCGCCCUCUGGCCGCUCUCACUUCUGCACCAUCGAGAGGCAGGACUCGUUCGACCGGGGGUUCGAGCCGGCGGUCGGCGGCGUGACGGUGGUCCGGCCCCGGCCCCGGACCCCGGUCCCGGUGCUCGCCUCCCCUCCACCCGGGGGGGGGAACCCUCACGCGGCGGACACUUCCACGCCCCACGACCUCUCCGAGGAGGAGACGCGUCUCGCCGGCGGCAGAGGGAGCCCUGCGGGGGUCGAGACCGAACCCGACGACGCCCAAACGCCAGGCCGCGAGGUCACCGCCACGGGGCCGCCACCGCAGGGGGCCUCGGCAGAGCAGGGGGAACCGGGGGCCGGCGGGGGGCCCGUCGGCGAGGGGGACAGCGGGAUCGAACCCUGCGCCGAGGACGGUGGACCCGGAGGGGCCGAGGAGUCACCCGGCAACUCCGCCGAGGCGUCCUCCAGAGUGGACCAACAGGACAAGAAGAAAGGUGCAGCGCUCAUUCACACCACCGGGGGUCACGAGAAAGGCAAACGUAACCACCACCUGGGGCCGACGGGCAUCUACCUGGACGACCUCACCACGCUGCAGCCCGAGGUGGCGGCGCUCUACUUCCCCAAGAGCGAGCCGGAGGGGGCGUCGCCGGCCGGCGCCGAGCAGGGCUCCUGCUCCGGGAGCCAAUCGCCUCAGUCGGUGGGCGCCGUGGACAGCGGCGCCGAGUACCUGUCCGACUCCGCCUCCUACAACAUGGACAUCAGCAUGUCGCUGUGCGGCCAGGAGGGCGACACCAGCCACAUCACCAAAGAGAAGUUCACGCAGCACAUGGUGACGUAUCAGGACUUCGCCAACAACCCCGAGAUCAUCGAGGACCCGAGCCUCGUGAUCUGCAUCAACGCCAACUACUAUAACUGGGCCGUGGCCGCUCCGAUGGUUCUGAGCAUGACGACCUUCCAGAAGAAUCUCCCCAAGAGCACCAUAGAGCGGCUGGUGAAGGACAAGAUGCCCAAGAAGUCGGGCCGCUGGUGGUUCUCCUGGAGGAAACGUAACCAGAAGAAGAACUCAAACGAGGAGCCGGGCGAGGAGCCGGCAAGCGCCGCCGACAAAGUGAAAGCGACGCUGGACGACAUCGACAGCGAUGAGGCGGCGGGCCUCGGCCGUACGGCCAUGAUUCCUUCCGGUCUUUCCACAGAGACCCUGAACGCCACUCAGUGCAUCAAACAGCUGUACCGCAAAUCACUACGCCUGACCUCUGAGCAGAUCGAGCACCUGUACCUGCGCGACGGGGCCAACAAGGUGGUGUUCAGCGUGACCACCCAGUACCAGGGCACCUGCCGCUGUGAGGCCGCCAUCUACCUGUGGAGCUGGAACGACCACGUCAUCAUCUCUGACAUCGACGGCACCAUCACCAAGUCGGACGCUCUGGGUCACAUCCUCCCUCAGUUUGGGAAGGACUGGACCCACAAAGGCAUCGCCAAGCUGUACCACAAGAUCCACCAGAACGGCUAUAAGUUCCUGUACUGCUCGGCGCGCGCCAUCGGCAUGGCGGCCAUCACCAAGGACUACCUGCUGUGGGUCAACGACCACGGAACGGCGCUGCCGCAGGGCCCCGUGCUGCUGGCGCCCAGCAGCUUCUUCUCCGCCCUGCACAGAGAGGUCAUCGAGAAGAAGCCGGAGGUGUUUAAGAUCGCCUGCCUGAGUGACAUCAAGGACCUGUUCACGCCGCAGAGGAAGCCCUUCUACGCCGCCUUCGGCAACAGGACCAACGACGUGUUCGCCUACAAGCAGGUCGGGGUGCCCGACACCAGGUUGUUCACCGUCAACCCCAAAGGAGAGCUCAUCCAGGAGAGGACCAAGGUCAGCAAGUCCUCGUACAGCCACCUCAGUGAACUGGUGGAGCAUUUCUUCCCGGCGCUCUCGGUCGGCGGCAGCACCUCCACCGCGCUGGACUGCCCCGAGUACAGCAGCUUCUCCUUCUGGAAGGAGCCGCUGCCGGAGCUGGACCUGGAUGCACUGCUGUAGACACACACACACAGACACACACACACACACACAGACACAGACACACAGACACACACAUAGACACACACAGACACAUAGACACACACGUUUUAAAGCAAGCACAGGUGCUCUCUUCACUUUCUGCUUUUACAGAAAGACAAUCAAGAGGAUUUUUUUUCUCACAGCGUGCCUGACACGAGAGUACACGAGAGUACACGGGAGUACACGGGAGUACACGAGAGUACACGAGAGUACACGGGAGUACUGCAGUACUCGGUCUCAGUCGUCGCCUGUGGACACAAUAUUGAGCUUUUCUGACCUAACCUCCAACAUUUAAACGUGACACAACUGAACAAAUACACAAAGAGGCCUUUUGCACUGUUUACUCAUGACUGCGUGUGUGUGGCGUGUCGCGGUCACGCCAACUUAUGAAGUUAAGCUGGUGACGCCGUCUUCCUCUCAGCUCUACACACCGUCCAGCGGCCUGACCGCUGCACGCGCCGCAGCUUUGACCCGCGGGACCCCACGCGGCUGUUUGACCAGAACGUGUGUGUCGUGGGAACUCGUUCACAUUGGUUUGAUUGUUAUUUCACGGUGGUGCGUUUGAGUUCUCGUAGAACAGAGUUUUGACUGCCUUUGACUCGUUUAUAGUAAUAAGACGUUUGAGAGACCAGCCGGAGUCGCUCGUUGUGUCUUUAGUUUCUGAAGAUUUCAAGAACAAUGGAUCUGAGAUGUUGACGAUGGUGAAACUCCAGCGAGCACAUUUCACAAAUCCUCCUCUCAGGUUUCAGACUGACGGAGACUUUUAUUCCAGAGAAGUGUGGGGGGGGGGGACCAGGACCAGGACCAGGACCAGGAACAGGAUCAGCGCUAUUCUGCCCUCUGUACUGUGAUAAUAUUUGAUAUUUAUUAUAUUGUUUUUGCAUAUCUUGUGUGAUCCAGUGGGUGGAGAUGCUUUGGAGCUGAUGCUUUUCAUUUGAAAACCAAUUGUAUAAAAAUAUAAUUAAAAUUUGAAACAGA